UCAGCAGCCUCCCCGGGUAAACCAGGCAGUAAGUCUCCACACUGUAAAGUUUGUGGGGACGAAUCCUCAGGGUUCCAUUAUGGAGUGGAUUCGUGCGAAGGAUGUAAGGGAUUUUUUCGACGCUGUAUCACCCAGGGUAUGACACAUAAAUGUGCCAAUGAAGAAAAAUGUGAAAUUACGCCUUUUACACGGAAUAGCUGUCAAUUCUGUAGAUUGAGAAAAUGUUUCGAAGUUGGAAUGUCAAGAGAA